UUUGUUGCUAUAUUUGUAAUUAACAUGUUGAAAGAUUGCUUCCACAGUUAAAUAGAGAAAUUACACUUCAGACUUCACAUUGCAUAUUUAGACUCAAAGCAGCAGCAAAUAUAACUUGUAAUUGUUAUUUUACAUGAAAAACGUAUUAUCACUUUCUAACUAAACACUCGCUUGGUUGGUGUGACAUUUAGUGUCACAUACAAAAUAAACUGCUCAAAAAUAUUAACUUAAACUUGCAAGCUUUUCUUUUGAAGCGCAUGACGGGAGGGUUUAUUUUGCGGACUUUAAGGUAAUUCUUUUUUAAUGAAACAAAACAACGAAAAAUAUAAUUCAGUCAAACUGAAGACACAAAAUGGACAAAACAAAAUACAUCGAAAUAUAAUUUUAAAUCCACGGUACACGCUUGUUUUCACCCGCAGCGCCGCCCCACUGCGGUAACGCUGAACUGCAGCCCAACCGUCAGGAAGUUGCAGUUAGCGUUAGUUCGUUUGCUGUUAGCCGGCUAACUUGCUAAAAAAGUAAACAAGUCUGCGGGAUGAGAUGAAAUUCAACGGCGGGACAAAGUAGCUUUUCAACUAUGAAGGAAGACAAGGAAAACACUCGGCCGAAGGAGAAAAAAGUCGAAAUAAGGUGUGAAGAUGGAGAAAAGACGGAGAAGCCCAAGGAAAAGAAAGAGGCCAUGACAAAGAUCGUGAUCAGACGAUUACCACCCAGUCUGACCAAGGAAGAGCUGGAGGAGCAGUUACAACCUCUCCCAGAGUUGGACUACCUGGAGUUUUUCUCCAACGACACCAGCCUUUACCCUCACCUCUUCGCAAGGGCUUACAUAAAUUUCAAAAAUCAAGAGGAUAUAGUUCUCUUCAGAGAUCGAUUUGAUGGAUAUGUGUUCAUCGACAACAGAGGACAGGAGUAUCCUGCUGUCGUGGAGUUUGCACCUUUUCAAAAGACUGCCAAGAAAAGAAGUAAGAAAAAGGAUGCAAAAUGUGGAACAAUUGUUGAAGAUCCUGAAUACAAGAAGUUCCUUGAAUAUUACAAUGGAGAUGAAGAAAAGUUGGCAUCAACACCUGAGACCCUGCUGGAAGAGCUUGAGGCAAAAUCAAAGGAACUUGUAGCUAAAAAAACAACUCCUCUGCUGGACUUCCUGAAGAAUAAACAGAGAAUCAGGGAGGAAAAGAAAGAAGAGAGAAGACGGAGGGAGCUUGAACGCAAGCGUCUGCGCGAUGAGGAGCGUCGCAAGUGGAGGGAGGAGGAGAGAAGGAAGCGCAAAGAGGCAGAUAAGAUGAAGAGACUCGAGAAACCGCUGGAGAAAGACAAGGACCAAGUUAAAGAAGAACCAAAAAUUAAGCUCCUGAAGAAGCCAGACAGAGGUGAUGAUGCUGAUUCUGAGAAGCCCAAAGAAAAGUUCAAGAAAUCAGAGAAGCCAAAUAAAGAGGACAGAUCCGUGGGAAGUGCUGAUCAUAAGAGGCGUCAGAACAUUGAUAAUAAGGAGGAUCGAGGAAGGAAAGCGGACGAAGACGGGCGGAAGGAGUUCAGGGAGCGUGGCGCAGAUCGAGACAGAGAGCGCGAACGAGAGCGGGAGAAGGAGCGGCGGCAGAAAGAGAAGGAGCGCAUCAGGCGACAGGACGAAGAUCGGCGGAGAAGGAGAGAUCGGCAGGAUGGAGAGAACUCAAGCAGGAAGCGGGAAGAGGAGUUUAAAAAAGAAAAAGAGCGUGCCUUCGAGAAGAAAAAGGGUGAAAACACUGGAGACUCCAUUCACUCUGAGAGGCCGGAGAAACCUGCCAGAGACAACAAGAGGGAGGAGAGUGGUAAAAGAGAGCGGCUUCGAAAUAAGGACCGGCCAGCUAUUCAGCUGUACCAGCCAGGGGCCAGAAGCCGCAACCGAGGUACCAGAGGAGGAGCCGAAUCCAACUCUGCCGACAGGAAGGCAGAUACUGAGACCGAGAAAGUGGCUGACAAAGGAGACGAUUGAGCAGAUUUCUACUUAUGGCAUUUUAAGUUUGGUGAGGAGAGGGGAGACAGGCCUGUGAGGCUCAGAGCAGCGAUGUGGCGCCUCAGGGCGACGUGCACUGCAGUUCAAGCAGGGUUGCAUCCGGCUCUCCCAGUCUCAGAGGCAGAGAUGUGAUUGUGGAGCCUCUUAGUGCCUGAAUGUGACCCUCUUUAGUUUUAUUUGUUAGGAAAGGUAACAGUAACCUUUGGAAAGAGUUUGGCUUUAGGGUACAUUAGGUGAAGCCAAAGCUUUCUUGGACCAAGUGAACUCAAAGUGACCUUAUUUCAGUAUUGUUUCUCUCAUGUAAAGUGUUGUACACACUGCAAACAUUAGCUUUCAACAUGUUCAUCCAUAUCACACUCUGGAGGUAUAAAAUAAUUUCACAGAUGUUGAACUUUCAAAUUACUCUAUGUCAACAUUGCCAAGCUCAUCAAUAUUGUUUCCACACUGUCUUGAAUGAGAUUGCUGUUGUAGCAUUGCCAUUUUCAGUUUGACGUGUAUGAAUUACAUCUUACUCUGCCUGGGGAGCCAGACAAUCCAAAUGUAUGUGUAGAACUUUUAUUUAAACUUUCCAUAGUCUGUAACUCUGAAAUAGUUGUAGUCUUACAGGCACAAGAUGCUGAAGGACAUCGUCUGUACUUUCCUGGUUUGGGAUCAUGUGUUUUUGUUCAUACAUUCAUACAGCGACUGAGGAGAAAUAGCCAUUUCUGACUAGACUGCCAUGUGACAGCCAUGCAUGCAUGCAGACUUGAGUGAUCAACCUGUGGCCUUUCCCCUUUUUUAAUCUGAAACUCCCCUUAAACAUUAAUGUGUGAUGCACUAAACUGAAUACAGCAUGAGAACACAUCACUGCUGGUGAUGCUGACAUACAGGAGCCACUUUUCACUGGAAAUAAAAGAGGUCUUUGCUUA